CAACAAUAGCUCAGUAAGCAGUCACUGUGAGUCGCUAUUACUUUCCUGUGCCAACGCCAAGAGGUGAAGAAAAUGCAGAGACCUACAGGCUGUCACCUUACUUCCAAGGAUGUAGAAUACGUGAAUUCCGAAUAUGGGAAGAAUGCAGUGAGAAUACUGUACAUUAGACGAGAAGGCAAGACGCACUGCAUUAAAGAACUGGAAAUCUCUGUACAUAUACGACUGAACAGUGUGAACGAAUACCUGCAUGCUGACAACUGCAACGUCAUCCCCACGGACACCAUAAAUAAUACAAUUCAUGCUUUGGCCAAGUGCCAAGGGAUCAGAACAAUAGAGGAGUUUGGCCUUAAUAUCUGUAAUCACUUCAUUACAUCGUUUUGCCAUGUGGUAUAUUGCAAUGCCUUUAUCCAAGAGGUUCCCUGGCAGCGCCUAGAAAAGGAUGGAACCCCACAUGCUCACGCUUUUCUCUAUAGCUCUGAAGGUGUUCGAUUUUGCGAAGUGGAACAGACAAAAGACUGUCCUCCAAUUGUUUUUUCUGGCAUAAAGGAUCUGAAAAUGAUGAAAACAACCCAGUCUGGAUUUCAAGGUUUCUUCAAGGAUAAAUAUACCACACUUCCCGAAAGGAGAGAUAGAGUGCUCUCAGUAGAAUCACUGGUCAAGUGGUGUUAUAAUGAAUGUGCAGAAGGCCUUGACUAUGACUGCAUAUGGCGAACUGCCCAUGAAAGUACUCUUGAUGCCUUUGCUGGACCACCUGAAACAGGCCAUUACUCACCUUCUUACCAGAAGACGGUCAACUGCAUUCAGACAUACAUCCUAGAUAGACUUCCAGAGGUUGAGGAGGUGGAAGUGAUCUUGUCCAACAUCCACUAUUCAGUGACCAACCUAGAAAAACUGGGGUUGUGCAAUGACAAGGAGGUCCUGACACCGCAGGACACACCCUUCGGUGCUUGUGCAUCUACACUUCGUAGGAAGAAUUGCCCAGGAAAAGAGCGCCAAAUUCCGCUAGAAAGCAAAGCCCGUUGUUCUGUUGGAUGGAAGUCUGGCCGUCGGGUGUAAGCAGCCAGCAUCCUUACA